AUGAGUGACGUGGAGAGGGAGGAGAUAGGUGACGUGGAGAGGGAGGAGAUAGGUGACAUGGAGAGGGAGGAGAUAGGUGACAUGGAGAGGGAGGAGGUAGGUGACAUGGAGAGGGAGGAGAUAGGUGACGUGGAGAAGGAGGCGAUGAGUGACGUGGAGAAGGUGGCGAUGAGUGACGUGGAGAAGGAGGCGAUGAGUGACGUGGAGGAGGAGAUAGGUGACGUGGAGGAGGAGAUAGGUGACGUGGAGGAGGAGAUAGGUGACGUGGAGGAGGCGAUAAGUGACGUGGAGGAGGAGACUAUGAGCGACGUGGAGGAUGGCUUAACGGACGCGCAGAAGGAAGCCGCAAGUGACGCAGAAAGGGAAUUGCUGCACCACGUCGAAGAAGAAGACUUACAUGACGCAGAGGAGGAAGAGUUACAGGCCGUUGAAGAGGGCGUUUUACAGAAGGAUGAAGAGGACGUCUUAGAGAACGCUGAAGAGGGCAGCUUACUCGACGCUGAAGAGGGAGCCUUAGGCAAUCUCCAAGGGGACGACUUAGACGACGUCAAAAGCACCAGCGAAGGGGGUGUCGAGCAGGUUGCGGCAAACGGGGGGGUGAUGAACGACCCUGUCGUAAGCGGUGGGGUCUUCCAAAGCGGCGGUGUCUUUCAAAGCGGUGGUGUCUUUCAAAGCGGCGAUCACGAACAUGGUGACUAUGAGGGAGAGGGCUACCCGCAUGACGAUGAGCAACCCGGGGAGGGCCCGGAUGGAGCGAGCCACCUCUUUCAAGAACCACAAGAAAGCGGUCCCAGCGAAGACACACAGAAGAAGGAGGGUAACUACUCUCACACUCCGAAUGAACCUCCCAGCAACAAAGAACAGCUCAGUGCAAGCAUUAACGAAACAAAUAACCCCCCCAGUAAUGGUGAGGGCAAAAAUAAUCACAUCGAUAAUGACUCCCUUGACUCUAUGGAUCCCAUCGAACUUGACAAAAAAAAAUAUGAACACUUUUUAAUACACCCAUCGAAUCAGAAAAACAUGAACUUAUUUGAAGGCAUUAAUAAACAGAUUACCUUCCCUUCUUUGUCUCCCACAGAUUUUCCUAUUCCUGGAAAGGAAGAAGAAAGCAGCACUAUGUAUCAUUUCAACCCUGAAAAGUUUGGGUACAAAUACAAUAAUGGCUUGAACCCAUCUGAGGGCUACUUGCUGAUUUAUCCCCACGUGUCGCACAACUCGGUGCCCCCCAAAAUUCGGAAAAAAAAGCUGCGCUGUUGUUAG